AUGGAGAAUUUAUUAUCCCUGCUCUCUUGUCACUAUUCUUUGCUGAUUUUAUUUCAGUACAAGUAUCAGGUGUAUGGAAACUAUUCCCAGCUGCCCAAACACCCAGGGUUCAAAGUUCUCGCAUCAGCUUCCCACUACUGGCCACUGGAAGAUGUGGAUGGAAUCCAUGAGUUUCGGGAUACAAAUGGAGAUAUUGUAGAAGGAAUGGUGAACAAAGGAAUUUACGUCACUGAAAAGAAAGGAGUUACCUUUCUCUUCUUUGGAAGCUAUCAAAAUUCUUGCAUUAGUAAUCCAGAAGCUUGUGGACCUGAAGGAGUAACAUUUUCCUUUUUCUGGAAGACUCAGGACCAGAAGGCUAAGUUUCUCCCUGCCUCUGGUGGACAAGUAAUUUCCAGUGGUUUCAAAAUCUGUUCAAACGAAGGUGAAGGCUCAGUGGAAUUUUACACCCGUGGGAAUGCAAUGAUGAAGUGGAAAGCAAGCUUUAGUCCACCAGGUCCUUAUUGGACUCAUAUUCUCUUUACUUGGAAAUCAAGAGAAGGACUGAAAGUCUAUGUCAAUGGAACUCUAAACACAACUGAUCCAGAUGGGAAAGUUUUCUAUGAUUACGGAGACCCCAGUGCAAACCUGCUGACUGGGACAGAGGGGGAUCAAACCAAGCGCUAUGUGAACGGGGCAUUCGAUGAAUUCAUUAUAUGGGAAAGGGCACUCACCCCCAAUGAAAUCGAGCAGUACUUUACAGCUGCUAUUGGUGUGCAAGUUUUGCUUUCUUCAACUCCUCCCUGGUCUGCGAUGACAACCACUACAAAACCUGCGCUCUCUACCAACGCCUACCGUCCCAUCAUCACCAGUCUGACCGAGGAGAGGGGGAACUUCCGCGCCCCCGACACCAUGCUGGGCUACCUGGAGAACGUGUCCCUCAGCCUGCCCGACCAAUCCUUGUCACAAAACACAGCUCUCAGCCUGGCAGAGGCAUUUUUAAAAGCUAUUGAAGACUUUCUGUUAUUGCCCAGCUGGAUUGAUGUACCAGAGACUGCUCCUGUAUUUGGAAGUUUAAUUCAAGCUAUUGACAGUGUGAUGGCUCAUAUGACACAGAAUCUAGAUGAAAACUCGUUACCUUCAGCUCUUGAGGGCACAUCAUCUGUGGCAGAUUACAGCUUGGUCAAAAUGCAUCCUCAGACUCUGAAUUUGUCCCGCUAUCGAUUUCCAUCUCGAGGACAGAGUUAUAUUUCUAUUCCCAGUGAAGCUUUUCAUGAAAAAGCUUGGAUUACCAUCGUCGGCUUGCUUUACCAUAACAUGCACUAUUUCUUUCAUAAUAUCAACCCUAUGGAUACUAAAAUUGCUGAAGCUGCUGCCUACAAAGGUUAUAUGAUCUCAGCAACCAGUCAUCUCAUCUCUGUCAAAGUGGAACCUCGACCCAAGCUGUCCCACAAUCUGUCAGGAUCUCCUCUGAUUACCAUCCAGCUCACCCAUAGAUUGAUUGAGAGUAAGGGAAAAGUAGCUGCAGCUUUGGUAUCCAUUGAUGCAAAUCAGAGUUAUGUUGUUGUUAUUGGCAGCAAGACAAAUGUGAUCAAAACAUUGCUGCUGCUGCUGCAGUGGUAUUCUGAUCAGUAUGAGAUGCAAGAGCUUUCUGCUCUGCCCCUCUCUGCCCUUUGGUUUGGUUCCAUCCCUCCUGAGGAGGAACACACCGUGUGCCACGAAGGAUGA